GAAGCAGUCGACGCGGAGCUGGAAGAGCUGGUUUACUGGACGGUAAGGAGUCCAAGGAAAGAAUUCUUUGGUAUAUGGAAAUGGAUGUAUGACAUAUAGGGCGGAGGGAGGUGGUGGGUGUGUGUACGUGAGUGAGGAUGGAAAACAAGGAAUGUCUCAGGGAUGACGCCUAUCACAUUUACUUAUGCUGCUUUUCUGGUUUGCAUGGCAUCUUCUCCCUGUUUUUCCAUAAUCUGGGGUUGCGGCGUCUAUGCGGGUUAUAUUGUAUUUUUGUCUCGUCUUUUUUCUUUCUUUCUAGCUGUAUUCUUAUCUUGCUGUUGUUUGCUUUCCUCAACCUGUGUAUUACUGGGUUAGAGUUCUUGUCUUUACUCUUGUGUACAUAUACAUAUCUACUAUUCUCUACCUCUGGUAUCUCUCUCAUCUCUUGGUUAGAAUAGUGCUUGCUGUCAAUGGCUCAAGGUUAAUUUAAUCAAGAGGGUUUGGUCAAUCGAGCAAAGUUGAAUCUAUACGGG